AAGAAUCAAAGGUGAGGAGGGGGGAAUAGAAGUACCAAGUGAUUUUUAUCCUUGUGUUUCAUCGGACUUUUCCUCUCAAAAGCUACGCGUUCUCACUGACCAACCUCAGAAACAAAUCAGUCGGCCAAUUCCCUAAACCCAUUCAAUGCAUUUCUCACACAACCGGAUGUGAUAAAAAUCUUCCCGAUUUGGUUAGUUUUGUCCAUAUCCCAUAUUUUCAAAGCGUAAAUAAUAGAUUUAUUUAGUGAUACUUUUUCAAAAGUUAGUGAUAUACAAGUUUCAGUAUGCUUCAAAACAACAAGGUGCAAAACAGCUCUUUCUUUGUUAAUGAUCAGGUGCAGUUUUACGGUAAGUUUGGUAGGUCUAUCAGUUGGCCGGAAUAUUGGUCUUGUAAUCCAAAAAGUGGAUGUAAUUUAUACUCGUUCUAGGGGUGAGCAUGUUUUGGAUUGAGUCGGUUAAUUUAGAGCCAAAACAAAACUUAAACCCAAUAGCAUCGGUUUUCAAAUAUUAAAAACCGAACAUAAACCUAAAUCGAUCAGUUUAGUUAGGCUCUCGGUUUCCUUUUAUUUAUUUUUCUCGGGUUUAUUGGUUCCCCUCGUCCGAUACAUUAACCAUCCAACCAAGCUGCUAAAUAUGCCUCUUCAACACAUAUUUUGUUUAUCGUAUAUGUUAAAAAUAUUUACUUCUAAAGCAUUUAAUAGUUAAUACAAAUAAAUGUUCGGUUUCGUUGGUUUCUAGUUUAUCAUUCCACAAACCGAAACAAAACCGAAAUUUUCGGUUUUUGAAAAUAAAGAAAUAAACUAUAUUUUCGAUUUUAUGUGAGGUUUCAAAAUUUUGGCAUUUUAGGUGUUCGAUUCGGUUUUUGUCCACCAUAAGACCAUGUGGUGCACCACAUACCACAUACUGCGGUAUAAUGCAAUAUACGGUAAACAUCGCAUUGACCUGGAACGAAAAUUGCGAUAUCCUUGCCGCACUUUUAUUCUUUCUUUUUUAAUUAUUAUUAAAUCAUAUAUAUAUAUAUAUAUAUAUAUAUAUAUAUAUAUAUAUAUAUAUAUAUUAAAAAUUAUAAAAAAUAUAUCAAAAUUAAUGGUUUUUGAUUCUCUACUAUAGAAUAUAUAUAAUUCUAAUAUAUUAUUUAUAUAUAUUAAAAAUUAAAUAAAAAUAUGAUAAAGUACCACGGCCUAACUUCCACCAGCUCUCCAUCUUUUUUGCUCUACUAACUUGCUGUUAGGAAAAAAAAAUUAAAAAAAAAAAAUGAAAUAAAGAUGCAAAAACCAAACCGCUGGAUAGAUUUUUUUAUUGUGAUUUUCUUAAGAAAAACGUGAAGUGCAUAUUCAGCUAGUCAUAACUCGCACGAUUUUGUGACAUUCUUAAUAAAAAUGUGAUGUUCAUAUGCAAUUAGACAUGAAUCACGUUAUUAAUUUAUAUUUUUUAGAUUUUGAAGCAAAUCACAUAAAUCAUUUUUAUUUGGUUUGAGAUAAAUAUUGUGCGUUUAGUUUCUGAUAUUUUCACUCCUGUGGUAUUUUUUGUUACGAUUUUUGUUCAUUCCAUACACAUAUUAGUUAGUAUUUUCUUUUAUUUGUAUUAUUAAAUUACUCGUUUAGUAUUAUAAAGUUUAUAGAGGACCAAUAAUGUACCACUCCACUGGAUCUCUUACUCUUCCCCUCCGAGCGACCAGAGUGUCACCGUCUCCUCCCCCACCUUCUGCGUCUUCUUCAACAAUCUCAAAGAAUGUUGGAAAUUUCCUAUUGAUUUAUUAUAUUGCAAAAUCAAAUACCGAAAAACAAAAUUAAACAUAUAUAUGCAAAACUAUAUGAUUAAAUUGUAAAAUCAAACACAAAUCUGGCAAACAAAAUUUGAAAAACACCGAUAUGUAGAGCUGGAAGGAGCUCCCCUUGAGUUUUACAACCACACACAAACAUAUGUGUGAGGAUAAUGUUUUUACGUGACUGCACAAAAAUUAAAAGAACACAAUGGGAAUGGAACACUUGCUUAGGGUAAGGAUUCGACAGUAAGAGGAACGGAGAUGUGUGUUGUUUCGGGAGGCAGUUAUUGUUAGAAAUUGGGGUAUAGUAAGGCUUGGAAUUAUGAGAAUUGUGUAAAGCAUUUUCAGAUUAAAGCAUUUGAGUGAUACUCCCAAUAUUCUUUAAUCGGAUAAGACUCAGAGAGACAAGAAUUUAGAAUGCUUUGAUGACCAAAACCGAAUUUAUGAUCCUUGUCUGAAAACUGUCAUAUGACAGUUUGUAACUGUCAUAAACUAUAAAAACUGACAUAAAACGGAAGUUUGGAUAAGGGUCAAACAAUGGUCAACUCUCUGAAAAUACGAUUUUCGACCCCAGUCAGGGGCUCUGCCCCUUGGACCCCGCCAGGGGCUACCGCUCCUUGGACCCCGCUCCCAGGGGCGCUGCUCCCGGACCCCCGUUCGUUUAGGGGCUUCGCCCCUAAAUGACCCCUAAACGACAGUGUACUUUGAAAACUUGAUCAAACUUAAACAAGUGUGUACUCCACACAUUCCUUACUUGUUUAAUAUUUAUCAAGAUCACUUUUGGUCAACAAAGUAAUCCCAUUACACUUAAAUAAUAUUAAUGACAACAAAUCACUAAUAGUUAUUGGGUACUUAGUGUUGAGUUAAAUCCAUAAUCGGUGUUCAGCCACCUUCUCCUUCUCAAGUCAUUAGCCGUAGACGUAGGCAUAAGUGCAUAAGUCAUAACACACACACCCUUUUUCUAUGCUCAUCUACCAUUUAGACUUAGGAUAGUGGGUGUUUGCUAUACCUGUCACGGUCUACGUAGGUGUUAUGUUAUUUUUGUCACACUUUGGUUUGCAUGACAUUAUUUGUCACACUUGCCAUGCUAAAUAUAUAUUUUUACUUAAUUUAGAGAAUAAAUAUUUAAAAGAUAUUAUUUUUUUUUAAAACUUAAAUUCCAUUAAAAAAUAUAGAAAUUCAAAAAAAAUUUAGAAAUUAAAAACAUCACAAGACCACUAGAAAUUCAAAAACAUGAUACUAGAAAUUCAAACACACAAACAACUAGAAAUUAGAAGACAAAGACUAUAAAUUUGACGUCAUUUGGGCCACUGCGUCACAGUUUGUCAAAACUCAACAAACCUAAAAUAUUUGUCAGUUUCAACAUUGUAAGCUCAAUAGCAUUCCCUAGCAAAGUAUUUUCGUUUUCACCAUUUGAGGCUUCAUGCAUCACCCUAUGAAACACAAUGGUCAACCAAGUUGCAAGUGCUUUUGCGUUUCUCUAUUUGGCGUAGAGUUGAUCUUUUCUUUGAGGUUGAAGGGCUUGGCGGUUGUAUAUAUCAGCGACUCUCCUUUAAAAAGCAGUCGAAGGGCCGUCAUUGUGGGUUGGAUCUUCUGCUACAUCAAUCCAUGAAUGUGCGAGUAAGAUCUUUUUUUUAGUAGACCAAACACUAGCCUAUUUUUAGUGAUGAUGUGUAGAAAAAGAUAGAAAAGUAAGAAAGUUAAGAGAAUAGAUUUAAAAAGAUUUGAAUGUGGUGAAGAGUGAAUAAGGAUGAGGGUAUUUAUAGUUGAAGAUUGAGAAUAUAAAAUUUGAAAUAAUAAAAAAAAAAAACAUUAUAUUUUAUAAAUUGAGUAUUUUUUGGGAAAGAUGAUAUUUUUUGAAAAUGGAAUCUGAAUAAUAAAUGGUAAAAAAAAGGAAAACAUUUUGAAAUUGGGAAUUCUCUCUCAUCGGUAAAUCUAUACCGAAUUGCUGAGCCGAGUUCGACAUGCCUCGGCCUGAUGUUCCGCGAGAAUACCAAAUUCGUUCCCGAAGCCACGCCGAGAAGCCUUAGAGGAUUAAAGGGUGAGGGGUGGGACCCAAAUGCUUUAAUAAUAAUAUAAAUUAGUGGAAUGUGUCGCGGGUGGGGGAUUUAUUAAUCUAUUACUCCGUCCGUCCCAAAAUAAGUGUCCACCAAUAAAAAACACGCAGUUUAAGAAAACACAAAUCAAUGUGUCUUUUACCUGAUAAAAUGCCAUUUUUACCCUUAUUAAUUUUUUUUAUUUAGUUUCUUUUAGAGUUCAUAUAAACUUAUCUUGAAACAAAUUUUUCUGCCACAAUGUAUCUUGAAACUUUCAUUAUUUUUGCUAAACAAAUGGAGGCAAAAUUUGCCGUCGUAAUUAUGUCGAUCACAGUUAAAAUUUCAUUUAGAUUAAACUCAUUUAAAAUUUCAUUUUGAUUUUAGAUUACUAAGCUUUUUCUUUUGCCACCAACUUAUUCCAUGUGUCUCUUCACUUCCCAUUAAUUUCGUAUACAUAUGUCUUCAUUUAAGCAAAGACUUCCCCUAAAACAUUAUCCAUCAUUGGUCAUAAUUCAAAUCUUCAUAUGGAGCCUUCCACAAAUCUAUCCACUAAAAAAAACAUCACCCUUGCACAACGUCAAGCCAUAUAUCAAUUCUUAUUGCAAGAAAGUAGUGAUGGAGAAUUAAAAAAAGGUUCCAUAAGUGAAAUAGCUUCACGAUUUUCGGUUUCUACACGGACAAUUAGUCGCAUUUGGCAUCAAGCUAAAUUUCAAAUUGACCACGGAUUAUCGGAUGAUUUAUCUUCAAAUAAGCCAAACCACAGCGGAAAAUGGUACAAAUAAACUUGAAUCAAGUUUCAGAAGUUCCAUUAUGUCGUCGAGCCAAUAUACGAUCUCUUGCGAAAUCUAUAAAUGUCUCAAAAUCAACGAUGCAUAGACGUAUCAAGGAAGGUGUACUUCGACCACAUACAAAUGCGAUCAAGUCGACUCUAACUCAUGAGAAUAGAAGAGAAAGUGGUUUUACAUAUCAAAACCAUCAAAACAUUACUACCUUGUCCCCCCGUGAGGAUGAACCGUUGCGAACAUGUAAAAGCAAAAAGUUUAUCACAAACGUUAUGUUUCUAGCGGCCGUAGCAAGACCGAUAUUUGAUUCAUUAGGUAACAAAGUAUUUUUGGGAGAAAUUAGUAUCUACCUGUUUACAACAUUAGAACUUGCUAAGCGUUCAAACAAAAACCGUAUUGCGGGAACAUUGGAGACGAAGCCUAUUUUAUCGGUGAACAAAGAGGUAACAAGGUCAUGGUUGAUAGAAAAGGUUCUACCGGAUAUCAAAGCCAAAUGGCCGCAAGGUCAUAUCGUUCCAAUAUUUAUUCAACAAGACAACGCAAAUCCCCAUAUUGAUGUUAAUGAUAGCAAGUUUCCUGAAGUGACAUCUCGAGAUGGAUUUGAUAUUCGACUUUGUUUUCAGCCCCCUAAUAGUCCGGAUUUGAAUGUGUUAGACCUUGGUUUUUUUCGAGCAAUCCAAUCACUUCAAGAACAAGAGGUUUUGCGUACAAUUGAUGAACUGGUUGAUGCGGUUCAAACUUGUAUAUUGGUAAAUGUAGGUUAGAACUUAGAACGAGAAGGUAAUUUGCCACACCAAAUUGAAUGUGAUCAAAAUUUAUUAGACGA